CUGAGUUCUGAUUGGCUGGUGCCCCGCCUGUCCACCAAUCAGCGGGCUUAUUUCGUUCUCGGAAUGGCUCUUAGACGAAAACAUUGGACGUCAAUAAUGGUGUAGUCGUCAAGAAAUGGAAUGUGUUUGUGAAAGGUGCAGAGAGUUUAGCCACGAUGGAUGUUGACGUUAGUGGAGCGAGUGUGUCAGACAGUGAGGGUUGUGGGAAUGGGCCGUCUUCAGGACACAUGAGUGGGCAGGGUGGGGUGGGCAGUGGAAGCAAGCUGAAGAGAUCCAGCAGUGCCCCAAUGAUCAACCAGUUGGUGCCACAGGGGCCUGUCUCCACUCCCAACAUUUCCUCCAUCUCAAGUCGAGAAGUGCUGAGUGAGGUGCCAGGGAGUCAACAUCGAGUGCGGCGGUUCAGUGCAUCCUUUGGCCCCAUCUCUCCUCUGUCUCCUGGCAGUACAAGGGGCAGCGGGCCACUGCGGGUGUGCCAGCUGAGGGAGGAGGAGGGUAUGGAUGUGGUGAACCGAGAGGCAGCACAUGAGAAGACAGUCAAGUCCACUCUGCAAAUCACCGACUGUCUCUCACAGUCAUGGGAAGACAUCACGCUGACUGAGGAUGUGGGUCGUCCCAAGUCCCACAGCAUCAGUAGUGUCAGCCUGGCCACCAGUGCGUCAGGGCCUAUCAGCGUGUCAAGCACCAUCACCUCCAUUGCCUCCAGUACAGUGUCGGGCAGUGCAGCUCCCGUGCACCGCGACUACGCCGACCCACUGCACCUCACCAUAGUUCCCACAGUGGUUCCUCUGGGCAACAGUGCCUCACCGACACGCGGUGUUGGGCGGCAGUGCUUCUCGCCAGCCCUGCAACAGCAUGUGCCCAACAUCUCCUUCUGUCCCUCCCCAUCCCCCACCAAACGCACCUUCACGCGCCGCAGCCUCAGCCCCAUUGCCCUGCGCCCGUCUCCUCUUGGUGCAGGAAUCAAGCGCAAGUAUGAUGUGGAAGAGCGAUGUGAGCCUUUCCUGACGCCUCGUAAGCGUGCCUCCACCUGCACCCCAGACCGCUGUAUUGGGGGACUCCUCAUGACUCAGGCCCACAGCAGUGUUGGCAGCCUGGAAAGUACGCCGAGCCCUGCAGGUCCAGGAUCACUCGGAAGCGUUGGCACCCCUGACUCUGUGUGUUCCUCGGGCUCCCCAGGCCUCUCUGCCCCCCCAUAUUCUCCUGCAUCCAUUGCUGAGACAGCUGCCCCCACCCCUGACCCACCACCUCACCUGUUCAAGCCUGUGUCUCCAGCCCUGAACACAGACCAGACAGCCUCGUUCAGGAAUCAGGAGCAUGGGGGUCGCUAUGGGGGACAGGACCCCGGUGACUGCUUCAGCAGCCAUGACCACACACACCACUUCAGGGGAAGGGAAUCCAGGGACCACUUUGUUGGGCAGGAGCAUAAUGACCACUACAGGUCACAGGAGCACAGUGGUCCCAUUGUUGUCCAGGAGCACCGGGACCAGUUUGAGGCCCAGCAGCACCGCCAGGCAUACGACGGGCAGGUGAAGGGUGCGGACACUAGCGACGGCAGCAGCAACGAUGCCAUGAUCACAGAGGACGUCCCUGCCAGUGAUCUCAAGAGCUACCAGGACAUGGACUUGAGUGAGUCAAUAACACAGUCACCGCUCAACAUCUGACAUCACUUCUGACUGUCACACGUCAUGCUCACCGGGCGCUGCACUGCUGCUGCCACCAGCGGGAGCAGCAGCCUCGGUGCAGCUGCAGUGUGAACAGUAUUGCUUGUCAUUAUAUCCUUAUAUCAUCUAGUGUUAUCUGUGAAGAUAUAGAGUGCUCUAUGUGAUAUGUAGACUUCCCCUUCAUAACUAACCUGCAGAGCUGUGAUGUCAUGUUUUGUGUGGCGGGUGUGCACUUCAAGCAUCGUGUGGUGUAAUUUAUGUCAUGUUUGAGGAUUGAAUCUUGAAUUCCCAGUGAACUGUCAUUGUAUAUUUAGAAUCCUGCAUUUAUGUGCAAAGUCCUCGAGUGUAUGAGGAAAUAAUGAUAUUGGUCAGUUAAAGCUUUAUGUCACAUGUAAUUUAAGAAGUGUUGUCUUCAUUCUUCCUUUUAGACUUUCUCAUAAUUGUGAUAUUUAUCAUAUUGAUAUUUCUGGGCUGACUUCUACAUAUCUAUCCAUAUAAUGUGCAUUAGUGUUGUAUAGCUAAACUACAUUACUCUUUCACAAGUGUCAUGGAUCAUGUUAUUUCAACUAGUCGCAGUGUAUAAAGCAUUAUACUUUUAAGAAUGGAAAAUAUCAGUGUGUACAGAAGAAAGCAAUGAAAAUGAGAGCUUUCUCCAGUUGAAGAAUAUUUUUUUCAGGAUUUUAUUGUGCUAUGGAAUCUGUUACUCAAAAUAUAGAACAUUAUACAAUAGAUACAUUAUAUAACUAAUAGCUAUACAAAUAGUACAUUAGGCAUUCAGUGUUCCAGUUCAUUAAGGACCUAAAUCUGGAUAGUGCAUUCAGGUUGUUUUGCUGCUUUAUGAAACCAGAAGCUGCCGUUCAUGGUGCCCAGGAGUGUCAGGGAAGCACAUUCACCUGUCCAGCACCUCACCACCACCAGCAUUCUAGGCCAGCAAACACCAUCAGAGACAAAGGAAGCUUGAUGAUGAGAGAAAACAGGAUGAAGCUGAAGUAUUGAAUUCUCUAAGUGUUUUUAUGGUUGUUUUGGAGUGAAGGCAACAGGUAAGACAUAACAGAUAAAUUACUUCUGCUUCCCCUGUAUUUCCUCUCAUUGCCACAUUCCAUUCCCCAUCAAGCUUGCCAAUACCUGUAAUUUUACCCCAACAAAAAAUAGCCAGCAUUUUUCACUUUAUGGAUGAGUAGCCUCAGGAAAAUUUUCUUUCUGUUGUACACUUUUGAAUGAUAUAAAUGUUAUCUAGGAGAGAACAAACAUGCAAAUUUUUACAUACAUGCAAUUGAUAAUUGACAUAACUAGUUAUUUUAUCAUCAUAUUUCAGUUUGAUGUUUAAACAGUAUGAAAUAUUUUCCAAACCAUACUUAAUUUUUCAUCAUCAAAGGCAAAUCCCUCUUUCCCUCACAGACUGCAUCAUGCACUGGUGCUCACAUUACCCCAGUUGUUGUGUGUGUGGGUGUGUGUACGAGAGAGAGAGAGAGAGAGAGAGAGAGAGAGAGAAAACAAACACAUGCAUACAUUCCCAUAUUGACGUGUGUGUGUGUGUGUGUGUGUGUGUGUGUGUGUGUGUGUGUAUUUAUAUGCAAAAGUUUAAGUCACUCAUUUGAACCUUCACAAAUAGCUCAGGUAGAGCCUUCCUGCCUCUGGCAGAUUCCUUUGCCAGCCUCCUCGCACAACAUUUCAAUACCAAUGUUAACUUUUAAAAUUGAGGAAUGCAUGUUAAAAAGAAUUUAUGGAAAUUAUGGUAAUCAUCUUGAAUAUAUUGAUGUCCUUCAUAAAAUAUUUUAGAAUCACCAACAGUUUUUCAACAUUCGUUCAAACGAUACUUUUUUUUUCCCCUUGUGUGAUGGAUGAAAAUUUAUAAAUGUUAACAUUAAUUAAUGUUCACAGAAUAACUUUGUCAACGGAAAUGCACCAGAGUAGAGCUAGACACCUGAAUUCCUUCCUAAUGAGAGUCUGUACUAUGCUGGUGUUGUAAUCUCAGGUGUGCAUGAGACAGAUCCUUUCAUCCCUUUUUGUUUGGGUCACAGCAGGCUCCAGUCUCACCUACAAAUUAAUCAUUAAACUGUUUGCACUUCUCAUCUGCCCAAUCCAUUCUUGUAAACAGCAACAUGUGAAUCAGUUUGAACAAUUCAGUCCAUAGUAAUCUUGUUGUAAACAGUGUUACAGCAACAACAUGUGAAUCUCAUAUGUGGCCUUUAUCCCAGCCCUGCACCUCCCAACAAACAUUUGUGUCAGCCACUGAGUGCACUGAUUGCCUCCCACACCCCACCCUCCACAGAGCAAUAGCAAACUUUUCUGAUGAGACACUUGUCCGUAUACAUUUUCUUCUGUAGUACAUUGUGAUUUGUGUUAGUGUUACUGAGCAAUUUGCCUUAGUUUACAUACCAAUUGUUGGUGUUUACUGUACCUCCUUUUGUUUUUACAUCAGAAUAGUCAUUGAUUUCAGUGCUAUAUUUUAAGAGGCAUUACUCUCAAGUUAAUUCUUUGUUUAGUUGAUUCUAUUGACUGUUGGUGUAGUGUUCAGUCCAUGUUUGUUGUGUUAAGCUAUUCCGUUUCUUGCACCACUGGACAAUAUGGUGCUGUCAUGCAAACUUAAGAAUCCUAUAGGUGUUAACUGAUGACUCUCCCAUUAGUCUCAUCUUCAUUUGCAUUACUAUGUGCAUUAUGUACUGCCUCCCUGGCCUUAUGCCAUAGCAUCUUAUGACUUCAGCUGUCUAGCACUUCUUCCUUUUGUGAUGUGGAAUGAGGGAACUAUCCUUUAUUCCUCCACUAAUCCUCUAGGUGAAAUGAUGACAUCAAUUUCCAAGAAAGUUUGCAGAAGUGUGGAUCUCUGAUCUUUAUUAUUGGUAUUUAAAGGUGUGUGUGUGUGUGUACAGUAAUGUUCUUCAGAAAAGAAGGGAUACAUGAGAUCAGUACUGACCUGCAGAAAGACACCUGCUGGCAGGCUCUCACCAGACACACACAGGUCCAUCAGUACCUGGUAGUCCCUCUGCCCUUUGUAGUCUGUUGUUCCUUGCUUGUUUUAUAAUAGUUGGUAAAGAAAUUAGAUGAUCAACCAGUAUUUUUAAUUUGUUAAUGUCAUUUUCUGCUUAAACUUGAGAGAAUGCCAAGCGUUGUUUGCAUUUUAAUUGUAAAUUUCAGAGGCAAAUGGAAUGGAUGUUUUUACAACAAGAGGUAAAGAAUUUGCUUGAAGGAAAUGUGAAAUAUGUGUAUGUAGUGAAAACUUUAUGCACUGAGAUGGACUUCUGAAUGACUAGUGUAUAUACUAUAUAUAUACAUGUAUAAACAUAUAGAGUCUUGUGCUGAUAUUUUCAUAUUAAUAUUACUUAAAAUGAUUUUGGCCAUAAAGUUAGUCCAAUCUAGUGAUAUGCCUCUGUCAAUAUUUUUGAGCAGUAAAGUGUGUUACUAUGAAUCUGUGAUUCAUGAAAUAUUCUAAAACGUGGAAAUAGAUCCAUUGUCAGUC